CGGGUGUGAAAGUGGAUUCUUUUCGCUCUCCACACUUGCGCGGCCCAUCGUCCUCUACCGCUCGUGGGCUGUCACUGGGAUUUUAAACUAGUACACGCGACCAUCAACGGGACAAGAAACAUUUACGACAGAAAACUCACUGAGAAUAAACGUUCCUCGAAGAAAUAAGAAUUCCAGAAUAAUUUACCUUUUCUGCAGGUGCAGUUUUUAUCUUUGAGCUGACGGAUCGCGGAGAGAGUCUGCAUUUCUACAGGUAAACUAUGACCAGGUGGAUUGUAUUACUUUGUGUUUGUCUGUCCGUCACCUCGGCAACAUUCAACAAUUAUCAGCAAAUCAGCAGCUAUGAGCAGCACUCCUUUCUGGACCCUGAGGACACACUGAGUGUGAGCGUCCCCCUGGAGCUGCCUCAGCGCCCUCUACUGGGCAGCACCUUGGUACUACCCUGUUACUUCCAGGACCACACCGUCCACGACCCCGGCGCCCCCACCAUUGCCCCCCUGUCUCACCGCAUCAAAUGGAGCCGCAUCACCAAGGAGCGUGUCUCUGUCAUCCUGGUGGCCAUGGACGGAGAGGUCAAGGUGGAGGAGGACUAUCUGGACCGGGUCCACAUGGUGGGCUACCCCCAGACCCCCACUGACGCCAGCAUCAAGAUCACAGAGUUGAGGUCCAACGACACCGGCACCUACCGAUGUGAGGUCCAGCACGGCAUCGAGGACAACCAUGACACUGUGGACGUCCUGGUUCAAGGUAUCGUGUUUCACUACCGGGCCAUCACGACACGCUACACACUGACCUUUGAGAAGGCCAAGGCAGCCUGUAUCCAGAACAGUGCUGUGAUCGCGACCCCAGAGCAGCUCCAGGCCGCGUACGAUGACGGCUUCCACCAGUGUGAUGCCGGCUGGCUCUCUGACCAGACUGUCAGGUACCCAAUCCAUGAUCCACGUGAGAAUUGCUAUGGCGACAAAGACGAGUUCCCCGGGGUGCGAACCUACGGAGUGAGAGAUGUCAACGAGACUUACGACGUGUACUGUUUUGCCGAGAAGAUGACAGGCAGUGUGUUCUACUCUGGCUCUGUGGCUAAGUUCACCUACUCUGAGGCUGAGGAACAGUGUAGUAAGCAGGGGGCCCUGUUGGCCACCACAGGACAGCUGUACCUGGCCUGGCAGGCUGGUCUGGAUGUGUGCAAUGCAGGCUGGCUAGGAGACAGGAGCGUCCGCUACCCCAUCAAUGUCCGGAGGCCGCAGUGCGGAGGGGGUCUGCUGGGGGUACGGACCGUGUACCUCCACGUCAACCAGACGGGGUACCCCCUCCCCGAAUCCCGCUAUGAUGCCUACUGCUACACAGAAACGGACGAGGAGGGCUCAGGCAUGGUGGUGCCCACCGAGGCGGGCAGCGGCGUGCUGAGCGUUGCCACGGUGACCCAGGGUCCUCCCGAGGUGUUCUUCAGGAACAUGACCACAGAGAGUGAGGCGCUGGGCGAGGACCUGGCCACCCAGAAACCCACUAGUGUGGACUUCACCUUCGGCACUGAGUUGCCCCUGCCACAGCCGCCCAGUGUCACCGAGCUGCCACAGCCGCCCAGUGUCACCGAGCUGCCACAGCCGCCCAGUGUCACCGAGCUGCCCCUACCACAGCCGCCCAGUGUCACCGAGCUGCCACAGCCGCCCAGUGUCACCGAGCUGCCACAGCCGCCCAGUGUCACCGAGCUGCCCCUACCACAGCCGCCCAGUGUGACAGAGUUGGUUGUGGAUGUGGUGGGGAGAGUAACGGCCAGGCCGGAUGUGGGGAGUGAGAUGGGCGAAGUGAGCAGAUCAGGAUAUUUAUUUUCUGCUACAGGCGUGGUGUUUCACUACCGUGCUGGAUCUAGUCGCUAUGCCUUCACCUACGUGGAGGCCCAGCUGGCCUGUCAGAGUGUUGGAGCCUCCAUCGCCACCCCAGAGCAGCUCCAGGCUGCCUAUGAGGCCGGCCUCAACCAGUGUGAUGCAGGCUGGCUUCUGGAUCAGACCGUCAGGUAUCCCAUCGUGUCUCCUCUGGAGAAGUGCUCUGGGGAUCUGGAGACUUUACCAGGAGUGAGGACCUAUGGACUGAGGCCCGCUGACGAACACUACGAUGUGUACUGCUACGUGGACAGACUCAGGGGUGAUGUGUUCCAUGCUGGCUCCAGUGAUGGCUUCACCUAUGACGGUGCUCUGUCUCACUGUCAGGAGCUGAACGCUACCCUGGCCUCUACUGGCCAGCUCUACGCCGCCUGGAGACAAGGCUUGGAUAAUUGCCGCGCAGGUUGGCUAAUCGACCGGAGUGUCCGGUACCCCAUCACCAACCCCCGGGCGGCGUGUGGUGCAGGGAAGGCAGGGGUGUACACAGUAUACACCCACAACAACCAGACGGGAUACCCAGACCUGUAUUCCAGAUAUGACGCCUACUGCUUCAAAGUGGACAUCUUGUUUGUCGCCAAUGAAACUGGAUUGAACAUCACAGAGAUAGAAGAGGCUUUGGUUAACCUCACAUCCAUCACUGAUUUGCUGAGGCCUGUCCUGCCUUCCAUCACUCCUCCCAUCUCUGUGGAGUCCUCAGGUUCUGGUUCCGGGGCCUCUGGGGCGAGUGGAUCCUCCGGAGAUCUCUCUGGUGAUCACUCCGGUGAACUGCCUCAUUCCGGGGAUCUGUCCGGGUCAGGUGAUCUUUCAGGCAGCGGAAGCGCAGAGAUUCCCAGCGGAUCAUCUGGUCUGAGUAGUGGAGAUGCGUUCGGCUCGGGGCUGAGUGGAGACGGAUCGGGAAUAACGGUCACUUCAGGGAGGGGCAGUGUUUUAUCCGGUUUGGGCUCUGGGGGUCCUCAGGAGGCUGGAGAGGGAAUAACGGUCACCUUCUCUUCAGGGAGUGGCAGCGUUUUAUCCGGUUUGGGCUCUGGGGGUCCUCAGGAGGCUGGAGAGGGAAUAACGGUCACCUUCUCUUCAGGGAGUGGCAGCGUUUUAUCCGGUUUGGGCUCUGGGGGUCCUCAGGAGGCUGGAGAGGGAAUCACUGGGAUCCUCACCUUCCCCACGGAAAUGGGAUUGGGAAUGUUCAGUGGCAGUGGGUUCCUGUCGGGAUCGGGAAGUGGCUCCGGUGUCAGUUCUGAGGAGAGCGGCUCUUCGUCUGACAGCUCCAGCAGCUCUGGGGAAAGUGGGGAGUUGUCUGGAAUGUCGUUCGGCUCCAGCUCUAGUUCCAGUGAGGAGUAUUCCGGAUUUCCCUCAGGAUUCUUUCCCUCAGGAGGCUCCGGUGGUCAUUCGGGAGAGGAGUCAGGAAGCGGAGACACUCAGGUCCUGCUGAUCGAUGGUAAACUGGUGGAGGUUUCCACCUCUCACACACACAAAGAGAAGGAGCUGGGUGGAGGGGGCCUGGAAUUCAGCGGCUCCGGAUCUGGCAGCAGUGGCUCAGGGUUCUUCCCGAGUGUGACCUUCUUGGGGUCAGGGUUUACCGACCUCACAGGGUCAGCCUCAGGGGAACAGGAGGCCUCUGGGUCUCUCCACUACGGCUCCGGAAGUGGUGAUAUCAGCGGUUCGGCCUCGGGCAGCAGCGGCUCAGGGUUCUUCCCGGGUGUGACCUUCUUGGGGUCAGGGUUUACUGACCUUACGGGGUCAGCCUCAGGGGAACAGGAGGCCUCGGGGUCUCUCCACUACGGCUCCAGAAGUGGUGAUAACAGCGGUUCGGACUCGGGCAGCAGUGGCUCAGGGUCCUUCCCGGGUGUGACCUUCUUGGGGUCAGGGUUUACCGACCUCACGGGGUCAGCCUCAGGAGAACAGGAGGCCUCGGGGUCUCUCCACUACAGCUCCGGAAGUGGUGAUAUCAGCGGUUCGGCCUCGGGCAGCAGCGGCUCAGGGUUCUUCCCGGGUGUGACCUUCUUGGGGUCAGGGUUUACUGACCUUACGGGGUCAGCCUCAGGGGAACAGGAGGCCUCGGGGUCUCUCCACUACGGCUCCAAAAGUGGUGAUAACAGCGGUUCGGACUCGGGCAGCAGUGGCUCAGGGUCCUUCCCGGGUGUGACCUUCUUGGGGUCAGGGUUUACUGACCUCACAGGGUCAGCCUCAGGGGAACAGGAGGCCUCGGGGUCUCUCCACAACGGAUACGGAGCGGGAAGAGGUGGAUACGCAUCAGGGUUCGGAACGUCGGGCUUCCCAUCCGGGGACAUGUCUGGAAUCUCCAGAUCCUCCACCAGCGAUGAGGAGGACAGCGCUGUCACCUUCCUGACUAAUGACUUCAUGACAGAGGUUUCCAAGGCGACCACGGUUUCCAUGGAGCUGGGGGCUGGGCCAGUGCAGUUCAGCAGGCAGGGAAGUGGGUCCCACACAUGGAGCGGUGCUGACCACCCAACCAGCGGUGUCUCAUCUGGGGCACACUCUGGAGAUCUGCUCCCUGUGGUGCUGUCCUCUCCGCCCAGCAACAGGGAGCUUAUGGAGGGCACAGAAGGGCCAGAGGAGGCCAUGGCUGGCAGGGCUGAGCUGGGGGAGACCACCAGCGAGUUUUACGUUACCUUUGCCCCCGACCUUGCUCCUGCCGGAUUGGCUGCCCCAGCCAUCUCCCUGCAGACCCCUGCCGUCAUGGAGGAGCCAUCCUCAGAGGAGGGUAUCCCUAACCCAUGUGACCCUAACCCGUGUGGUGCUGGGUCAUGCUCAGUGGAGGAUGGUGUUGGGUUGUGCAAGUGUCUGCCCGGGAAAGUGGGAGAAGGGUGCCAGUAUGAGGUUGAUGUGUGCCAUUCCAACCCUUGUGCCAAUGGAGCCACCUGUGUGGAAAAUGCAGACUCUUACAAAUGCUUAUGCCUGCCCAGCUACGGAGGGGACCGCUGCGAGAUUGACGAGCAGGAUUGUGAGGAGGGGUGGACUAAGUUUCAGGGCAACUGUUACCUGCACUUCCCCGAGAGAGAGACCUGGCUGGAUGCCGAGCAGCGCUGCCGAGACCUCAGCGCUCACCUGGUCAGCAUCAUCACCCCAGAGGAACAGCACUUUGUCAACUCCAACGGCCAGGACUACCAGUGGAUUGGGCUCAAUGACAAGACAGUGGAGAAUGACUUCCGCUGGAUAGACGGCACACCACUGCAAUUUGAGAACUGGCGGCCGAACCAGCCGGAUAACUACUUUAACUCUGGAGAAGACUGUGUGGUGAUGAUCUGGCACGAGAACGGCCAAUGGAACGACGUUCCCUGCAACUACCACCUGCCCUUCACCUGCAAGACUGGCCCAGUCUACUGUGGGGCACCGCCAGAGGUGGAGAAUGCCACGAUGUUCGGCAGCAGGCGGGAGCAGUAUACUGUGGGGUCCAUCAUCCGCUACCAGUGUAACCCAGGCCUCCUACAGCGCCACCUGCCUGUGGUGCGCUGCAUGGCAGACGGACAGUGGGAGAAGCCACAGGUGGAAUGCCUGGGCGCAGUGCCCUCCCCCAGUAACAGAAUACAGCGCAGAUCGAUCAGAAGGCGAGGAGAAUCAACCAGCAGCAAACGUCACUAAGCAGGGAAGAUUAAGGGGGAUCUCUUGAAGAUAAUUCUUUUAUAAGAACAUUUACAGAACACAGAAGCCAUUUUCUAACUUACUAAAGAGGUUUGAAUGUUUGAAGUACCCACCUUGUACAUAAGACCAAAUCAACUUAGAGCAGUGACAUUGUCUUUUCAGUUUGUCACUCUCUGACUAUUUCAAAAACAGUAUAAAUUAAGCCAUUAUGUAAUUGUAUGUUUUUGUCAUUCUUGUCCCAAAAUAAUGACAUGUGUUCAUUAUAUAUAAGAGUUGUUUAUUGUUUGGAGUUUUAUUAUUAUUAUUAAUAUAAUUUUUGGUUUUGGUGGAUUGUGAUGCCGUUGAUAAGAUGUGAGUUGUUGCUAAAAUGCUUUGUCCAUGUCGCCAACUAGACUGGAUUAUGGAGACACGGUGUAGGGUGAAGUUUCCGCUAGACACUGAUCUUGGGUCAGUUUUACUUUUCCUCCACUAAUGGUUAAGAUUAGAGUUGGUGGAGAGGAAGCUGAUCCUAACUCUGUACCUAGGGGAAACUUCACCCCGGAGCAUGUACUCAUAGACGGUGCAUCAAUCAGACUCUUUAGUCUGUUCUAGAUCUUUGCCAAACCAGACAGUGUGUGUUAGACUGUACCACCCAGAGGUAAACACCCAAUCUGGCCAGCCGGUAUUUAGUGGGGGUUUGGCACGUUGCUAUGAGCCAAGCAGAGGCUUGGUGAAAUUCACCCAUGAGGAGAUACUAGACAGUCAGAAGUAUGUUUGUAUUCUGGAGGUGCCUACGUAAUAUACACUCACUAUGGGAGAUGCAUAUAGGUCUAAUAAUCCACGAAGGACUGUGAAUUUGAUAGAAAAAGUCUAUUGAGUUACUUUUGAGCGCUGUUAGCCUAGCAAUGUUAGCAUAGCAAUGUUAGCCUAGCAAUGUUAGCAUAGCAAUGUUAGCCUAGCAAUGUCCGGUUGUUGCAAUGAUAAGCAAGAUGAGGUAAAGGGGAUGAGAUCUUGUGCAUGUAUCCACCAAACAAGCAUUCAUGAGUCACCAAAUUCUCACCUAUCUUUAAAAUACUAGAUGCUAAAGGGGAAAACAAUAUUUAUAAUUGUCAGAUGUCUUCAUACAUCAAAAGUGGUGUUGUGUCAAACCGAGAAAUCUUUUACGCUUCAAUGAAUAAAAAUGUCUGACGAGUUUUGAUUUUGGGGUGAACGAUCGCUUUCACCUUUUACUGCAGUGGGCUAAAUCAGGGUCACAUAAAUCUACUUUGAAACAAAAGUAUACACCUCACACACAUGGUUAUGGGCUUAAAAGAAAUAAGACACCUGUACCAUGUCACAUAUAGAGUUGAAAUGUAUUAAAUGUUGAGUUUGAAUCCCAAUAUUACACUUUAUAUACAUCACAGAAAACUGAAAUAUAACAAAACCGUCUGACAUAGAAAAAAUGUGUUCAAAAUAAUGCUUAUUAAUUAUGAAAAAUAUGAAUAACAUUCCACCCAUGAGGCCACUAGGUCAUUUGACUGCAGGAAAUGGCUAUGGGAGGGGAUAAUAAGGGAGAUAUUAUUUAUUUAAUCUCUAAGUCAUAAAGAGAAAGCUAGCGAAGCCGACACAGCAGGCUACUGUGUCCGUCUGUAUUUCAAACCUACAUCAGUUGUUUAGAGCAGAAGGGAGACAGAGUGCCUGAUGUGAAUAAUACACAGCAAUGCUAGAAUCUCUGCCUGCCACACUGGAGAGGCAAUCUACUGAGGCUGCCCUAAAAUAAGAGUGAAAGAGGACUCAACUUCUCAAAUAAAAGAGAGAGGACUCAACUUCUCUCUCAGGUUCAGUAGUGACACGAUAGAGUAAAAAAACAACAGGGUUGGGGUCAAUUCCAUUUACAUUUCAGUCAGUUAAUUCAUUGAAUUCAUUGAAGUUCACUGUAUUUAUUUCCUGAGGGGAUUGGAAUUGAAUCGGAAUCGACCCCAUGGUUUGUCAACAAUGUUGUUGGCCUAAACAGGACCAAACGGAUGAAUGUCAUUUGGGGCGGCAGGGUAGCCUAGUGGUUAGAGCGUUGGACUAGUAACCGGAAGGUUGCGAGUUCAAACCCCCGAGCUGACAAGGUACAAAUCUGUCGUUCUGCCCCUGAACAGGCAGUUAACCCACUGUUCCCAGGCCGUCAUUGAAAAUAAGAAUUUGUUCUUAACUGACUUGCCUGGUUAAAUAAAGGUAAAAUAAAAUAAAAAAAAUAAAUUGGUCGGUUUGACACUUUCGUCGUCUCACACAAGGCUGUGCAGUGCAUAGCAACUCCAUGGGACCAGUUUUAUUAACAACUGCAGUAGCUAUCAGAUCAAAUGUUUCUCUUCAUUGUCUGUUUUGUUUCACAGAAAAACCUCAGCGGACACAUUUAUUUAAACUCCAGAUCCAUCGCCAUUUUAAUCGCUUGUAGUCCUUCAGUUUUGUAUUGUAUGCAUAACCUGCUGUUAUAUCUGAUGAAGAUAUAGAUGCUUCAUUCCUUGUUUAUGUUUACAGGAGGCUGUGCCUCCUCCUUCAACACACCGUCAUAUGUCUUGCUGGCCAAAAGCUUCACCUGCAAUCAUAAACCAUAUACCAAUCAAAGAGAUGACGGAGAGGAUCCACAAAGAACAGGCUUAAAGCAAUUCUAUACCUGGAACUUCCGAUGACAGAAGUGUCAUUUAAAGUUACACACACCAUUAUGUUUUACUGUACCCCUACAGGGCUGAAAGUAUUAAGAGCUUUUAGAAGAUAAUAACACAAUGCCAGGUCUAGUGUAUAGAAUCAAAAGGACAUAAAUGCCUCAUGGCAUUGCUGAGGGAUGAUUGUCUCCAAAGCAGCUGAAGCAACUUGACAAAGGGGCGUAGAGCAGUGUUUAGCAACCUUUUACUACCAGUGAUUGGCAAACUAUGACACCCUUGACAACUAACCGCCUGAGGGACCUGUCAGCAACAUCCCUGGGAAAGGUGCCGGUCCACGAACCAGAGGUUGAGAAACACUGGUGUAGAGCACUCCUGCAACUCCCCCGACCCUGCCAUCUGUUUAGGGUUGUGUACUGUAGGCACAAAACAGGAGCAAAAUGUUCUGAAAUGGAGCACGGGAUCAGUUACCUGAACACUUCUCCUGUUUUCGUCUGUUUCCCACUACAAACUUUUUUUCACCUAACUUUUAUCCUAAAUCCAAUGAGAAGGUUAGCAUGUUUGUUGAUUUUACUUUGAGUUCACGUUAGUUGACAGUCAAAACUAGAUGUUGAACUGACGUCUUUGUCCAGUGGGUUGCGUGAGAGCGACUGACCCUGUGCAUGAACAGGCCCAAUAAACCACACACUGAGAACAUCAUGAGUAGAGGUGUAGAGGUUCUAGUCUUAUGGAGCUCGACAGAAUGUACCCAAAUGUGCCUGAAAUGAACAGUUUGUCUUCCAAUGUCUGUAUUCAACAUUUGUUCCAAAACAUGCCAAAUAAAGAUACUUUACUUGUUA